CGCGCUCCCCCGCCCCCCGCUCCCCCUCAGCUCUCGUCCCCUCCCCCUUCGCCCCCUCCCCCAUCUCCGCCGCCGGCUCCCGAUUUGAUUCCUGAUCCCUGAUUCCUGGAUCCUUGGUCCCGUCAUGGGAGCCUGAGCGACCCCCAUCCCCCCUGGCCCCCCACCCCCGGGGCCUUCAGGGGGAAGAGGCAGCGGUUUGGGACGGUGCAGGGGUGACCAGGCUGAGGAGCCCCCCUCAACACCCAGACCCCCACCCCUCAUCGCCCGCGCGGAGUUCGGAGCGACCCAGAGCGCUGCGGAUACAAAGGCGCCGGGCCGAGCCGAGCGCCCGCGGUGCCCACCAGGCAGCUCGCAGCGGCGGGAGCGUCGCUUGAUUUUCUCUGAGACAAGCCCACCCGUCCAGCAAGAUAGAGUCCCUCAGGGUGACGGUUGACUUCCUGAAGGUGCCUCUUGGCCUGAAGAAGCCGGUGCUGAAGGAGGUGGCUGUGGGGCCCCGCAAGAGGCCCCAGCCUGCGGCCCUGGAGCGCUACAAGGCGCGGCGUUCAGACGCCAUGGACACCGAGUCCCAGUACUCGGGCUAUUCCUACAAGUCAGGCCACUCCCGCAGCUCCCGCAAGCACAGGGACCGCCGGGACCGACACCGCUCUAAGAGCCGAGAUGGGAGCCGUGGAGACAAGUCGGUGACAAUCCAAGCUCCCGGGGAGCCCCUGCUGGACAAUGAGUCCACGCGAGGGGAUGAGCGGGAUGACAACUGGGGGGAAACGACCACGGUAGUCACGGGCACGUCAGAGCACAGCAUCUCCCAUGAUGACCUCACGCGCAUCGCCAAGGACAUGGAGGACAGUGUCCCGCUGGACUGCUCCCGACACCUUGGUGUGGCGGCAGGGGCCACUCUGGCCCUGCUCUCCUUCCUCACACCACUGGCUUUCCUGCUGCUGCCCCCGCUGCUGUGGCGGGAGGAGCUGGAGCCGUGCGGGACGGCCUGUGAGGGCCUCUUCAUCUCCGUGGCCUUCAAGCUGCUCAUCUUGCUGCUGGGCAGCUGGGCUUUGUUCUUCCGCCGACCCAAGGCCUCGCUGCCCCGCGUCUUUGUGCUGCGCGCCCUGCUCAUGGUGCUCGUCUUCCUGCUUGUCGUCUCCUACUGGCUCUUCUACGGUGUGCGCAUCCUGGACGCCCGGGAGCGCAGCUACCAGGGCGUGGUGCAGUUUGCUGUGUCGCUGGUGGAUGCCCUGCUCUUUGUGCACUACCUGGCCGUGGUCCUGCUGGAGCUGCGCCAGCUCCAGCCUCAGUUCACGCUCAAGGUCGUGCGCUCCACUGAUGGGGCCAGCCGCUUCUACAAUGUUGGCCAUCUCAGCAUCCAGCGCGUGGCAGUGUGGAUCCUGGAGAAGUAUUACCAUGACUUCCCUGUCUACAACCCUGCCCUUCUCAACCUGCCCAAGUCCGUCCUGGCCAAGAAAGUGUCUGGCUUCAAGGUGUACUCCCUCGGAGAGGAAAACAGCACCAAUAACUCCACGGGCCAGUCCCGGGCUGUGAUUGCAGCGGCAGCCCGGAGGCGGGACAACAGCCACAACGAGUACUACUAUGAGGAGGCUGAGCACGAACGGAGGGUGCGCAAGCGAAGGGCCAGGCUUGUGGUGGCAGUGGAGGAGGCCUUCACGCACAUUAAGCGGCUGCAGGAAGAGGAGCAGAAGAACCCCAGGGAGGUGAUGGACCCCCGGGAGGCAGCCCAGGCCAUCUUCGCAUCCAUGGCCCGUGCCAUGCAGAAGUACCUUCGGACCACCAAGCAGCAGCCUUACCACACCAUGGAGAGCAUCUUGCAGCACCUUGAAUUCUGCAUCACGCAUGACAUGACGCCCAAGGCCUUCCUGGAGCGGUACCUGGUGGCUGGACCCACCAUCCAGUACCACAAAGAGCGCUGGCUGGCCAAACAGUGGACACUGGUAAGCGAGGAGCCAGUGACCAACGGGCUCAAGGAUGGCAUCGUCUUCCUCUUAAAACGCCAGGACUUCAGCCUGGUGGUCAGCACCAAGAAAGUCCCAUUCUUCAAACUCUCUGAGGAAUUUGUGGAUCCCAAGUCGCACAAGUUUGUCAUGAGGCUGCAGUCUGAGACCUCGGUGUGACUGUGCAACAGUUGGGGGAGUGGGAGACUCUGGGGGCUCCUGAUGGUGGUGGUGGGGGGCCUGGUUCUCAGGCCAACCAGAUUUCCUGCCACCUCUCUUCCCCUUGCUCUUGUUUUUUUUACUUGAAUUAACUUACCCCUCACCCCAUCUUCUCCCUUCUUCCUUAUUUCUACCCCUUGUGAACCUGGAGAGACCGUCCUGCUGUCAACAGUACCUGGGAAGACCCUGCCUCUUUUGUUUUUCCUUCACUUUUGUAUUACUCCAGGCCUGCAGGAAUCAGUGCCUCUCUCCUUCCCCGUUCCCUAAACUUUCCUGGAUGAUAGUCUCUUCUUAAAGGACGCAGGGUCCUCCUGACUAUACCGUCUCUCACCUGAAACCCUACUCACAACCCAGGUUCUUGUAGUGGCUCUCUCCAGGAGCCCCUGACAGGGUCUCUGGGGUGGGGGACAGGGACAUGACACCAGGAAUCAUGCUGCCAAAUUCCUCCAGGGCAACAGCUGCUCCCACAUCCCACAUGCCCUGCCCAUAACAAACCCUGAGUUUUGGGGGCAAGGAUACUCCUGGGUCCUCCUACAAUAACCCCAAAGUUAGGAAUCUUCCUGUCAAGAUUAUUUGCUUCUAGCUGCUAGCACCUUCGUCUCUCAUCCACACACAUUUAGAGCAAGGGAAGAUCCUACCCUUUACCCACUUUCCUUUUCUUUUCUGAUUUGUAUGGUCAUGGGUAACCACAGGCAGAUCUGAAGUGUAAACCCUCUGUGGCCACUGUUCCUGGUUCCUGGAGGUAGGUACCUUUUCCCAGUGAAUCUUUCCAAGGCAGUACCUGAGGGCACAGGCAGGAUGGAUCCCUGGGGCCUUGGAGAGGCUUGUGAAGGCCACUCACCGCUGCCCUCUGAACCUCCCCUCCCCUUCAUUCCUGCCUUGGUGGGGCAGGUUUUGGUUUCUUCCUUCCUGGUGAAGGAUGGCGUGUGGACUCCUGUGCAGAUCUCAUGGCCUGAAGACCCCGACCCAGCCCUCGUGGACUUACACAAGCAUUUUUCUUUCCUUCACCCACCAACCACCCCCAGUCCCGCUGUCUCUUCUCUCAUCUGGGGACCUGUUGCCUCAUCUCUCUUUAUGGGAGGAGCCAGCAGCUCCUCCUCAUCCCCUGCCUUAAGUCCAGUUCUUUGCCUCAGGGGUUUCUUUUCCUUGGCCUUCCAGGGUCCCCUCCUCUUCUCUCCCUGCCUGGUUCUCUGGGCUCUGGGCUCCCUUUGUAUUACUGUGAGGGACCAGGAUUGCUGCCUUUUAUGGGCACCUAGCCCCUCACCCCAUUUAGCUUCCAUAGUCUUUGUACCAAAUCCAGAGUCUCAAUAGUUUAGUUCUCAUUUUGAGCAAAAUUCACUGGCCCUCUAAUAUAUAUUUCAGUGUAAUUUGAGCCCAGUCACCUUAAAAUUACAUAGUUUUAGCCAAGAGGUAUAGAAAUAGGAAACACCCAUAUACAUCCAGCCAGGAUCACUUGCAGGACCUUGGCUGGGAUAGAGCAUGGACCUGGGCCAGUCCUCUAAGCAGCUUACAGUGCCCCUCUGUAGGCCCUUGUUUCCCCUGGAAAACUCAUUGGUACUUGCCUUUUGGAGGGGACCCUGGGAUAGGACCCCCACUGAUCUAUCAUCAGGGAGAUGUCCUCUCUCACUCUCUGUGGCAGUGCUCCCUGGUCAGGUUUCUCCUGCUGCCCUUUUGGACCAGGCCUAUCUGUUCAUCCACCAUUUACUAGAGAAGGGCUCUGCAGCCAAUGCUUACCUUGUCCCCAUGGGGGGUGGGUUGCAGGGCUGACUUAAGCAGGGUGUUGGGGUCAGCUUUGGGCUGGGGCUGUUGGGUCUUUGGAUGGGCCUGUGUGAAAUAUGUUCUGUCCGGGAGGUCCUGGGAAGGUAUCUUUUCUUCUCUUCAAAAACCUGGUUUCAGAGGAGUCAAUUCUGGGUCACAUUUAUAAAUACCUCACUGUCCUGGAAAAGGGGGCCUGGAUGGUGAUUGGAGUCACUGCCUUUGUGGGGCAGGAGUGGGGAGUGGAUUGGGGUAGAGAGAGGGAAAGUCUGUGGGAUCUUAGUUGCUGCCCUAGCAUAGGGGUGGGGGAGUGUUUAUUUUGGAGAACCUGUCAUGUUUUUUAUCACUGUGACUUUUUCAUUCUUUUUUUCUGAAAAAAAGAAAGAAAGAAAGAAAGAAAAUCCACCCCCCCCCACCCCAACUAUCUUUCUAAGCACUAAGGGCUGUGACUGAGAAUGGUAGCGUUUUCGUCCUUUGCGUCAGAACUGUGGUAUCUUUGUUUUCUUUUAUUAUUAUUAUUAUAAUUAUUAUUUUUAAGAUGUCAGAGUGAAUGGCUGAGUGUAUGGAUGUGUGUUUGUCUUCUGCUUCUCUUAUAUGGGAAGUUGGCUUCAUGCUGUGAACCACUGUGGGGUAUGCAGCUGACUCAGUCUCAUGGGCAGUGUCCCACACUACGCCUGUCUCACCACUCGCUGGAUUGUCCCAUUCUUCCACCUGAGCAUCCACUGGGGGCUGCUCCCUCCUAUUGCAAACCUCCCCUCCUCACCCCAACUCAUAUUACCAUAGGGAAUGCUGAGGCUGGGCCUCUCCAGUGCUCUUUUCUCUACCUGGACUCCUGGCUCAUCCCACAUGCCUGUUUAGGAGUUUCUUUCCAUCACCGUGUGACACUUGCCCGCCUUCCCUCCACACCGUGCCUCAGUCCUUCACCUACCUCGCCACUCCAACACUGUCUCCAAUGGUCCCUUCUCCUAAACUAGUCUUUGUGCUCUCUCUAUUUAUUUCUCUCCAUAAUCUCUCAUUUCUUCUUCAAGUCCCCUUCAUUUCAGCCCUUAAUUUUUCCCUCCCCACCCCCCACCAUUCCUGUUGCAAACCCUGAUACAGUAUCUGUGAUGAGACAUCAGGAUCCUGGAAUCUGCUCAUUGGAAACAUCUCUUUCCUGGGGUUUGUGCUUCUCUCCUCUUUCCUCUGCCCUCUUCAUGGGGCAGUGUCUGCUGAGGGAUUUGGUCCUGGUGUGUGAUUGUUGUGAUUUGUUCUGUGUGUGAAAGGAAGGGGUUUCUUGAGUCCCUUCCAAGUGAGAUUGUAAAUGUAGAAUUUUCCACCAUUGGAUCUAGAUUUUUUUUUUUCUUUUUUGGGUUACAGAGCUGAGAUCUUGUGCAUGCAUGUAGAAAAUUGUAAAAUGUAAAUUCUUGUUUUUUUCUUUUUUAAUAUAUAAAAAGCUUGUUUUUACAGUUUGCAGUGGAGCUAAACAUUAUGGCAAAUUUAGGGAUUUUUUUUUCUUAAACAUAGGAACUAAAACUGUAUAAAUUUUUUUAUAUAAAAUAAAGACAUUUG